AGGUUGGAGAGUUUGAAUUUAAGAAGUAUAGCAGGGAAGGCAAAGGUGUUGGGAACAUUAAUGGGAAUUGGUGGAGCGAUGGUUCUGACAUUUUACAAAGGUGUGGAGAUCAACAUCUGGUCUACACAUGUUGACCUUUUGCAUGGUAGUCAGCAACAAAACAACCACUUGGCAGCAUCAGCUCAUGCAGACUCUGGUAAUCGACUAUUGGGCUGCCUACUGUCCUUGGGGAGCUGUUUUGGCUUCGCUUUAUGGCUCAUUAUUCAGACUAAAAUGGGGGCGACGUACCCUUGCUACUAUUCAAGCUCUGCUUUAAUGUCAGCAAUGGGGUCAAUCCAGGCCGUUGGAUUUGCCCUCAUCAAGGAGAGGGACUGGAGCCAAUGGAAAUUAGGUUGGAAUAUUAGGCUUCUCACAGUGGCAUACGGGGGAGUUGUGGCCACUGGGCUAAGUGUGACAUGUAUUGCUUUGUGCAUACGCAUGAGAGGCCCCUUGUUUGUAUCUGUUUUCAACCCUCUUAUGCUGGUGCUUGUUGCCAUUGUUGGGUCUCUGGUAUUGGACGAGAAGCUGCACCUUGGAAGUGUGUUAGGAGCAGUAUUGAUAGUGUGCGGCUUAUAUGCUGUGCUGUGGGGUAAGGGCAAAGAAAUAAACAAGAGUCAAUCAGUGGCACCGUCUGAAAGCUUGCAUCAUCAAGAUUCUGGAUCAAUUGAUAUUGUUAUAAUGCCUAAUGGCAUGAGCAGCAACAAUGAGGGCCUAACAAGUAAUAAUGCUCCAAAUACCGUAGAAGAAAGGAGGAUUUGAAGAAAACCCAGCUACAAUAAUGUGAUAACAAAAAUGUUAAUUAUUGUAAUGUUUUUCUGGGUAUCCCAAUUCCAAUUACCCAAAUAUUUGGGAGUUUUGGUAUU